CUGGCGUUGCAGGUGCUUAUUAUAGUCCAUUGCAAACAAGACUAGAAAGGGUGCUGCAGGUGUCAUCCCACACCGGAACCCUCUCUUCCAGCGCACAGCCACGGCCCCUCGCCCUGUCCCCUCCCUUCCCUUCCUGCUGCUGCCAUCUCCUCUUCAGUCUUCCUUUAACAUAUCCCUUCCAGGAGGUGGAGAGACCAGGAGGUUAUGGAAGGGGAGAUGUAUACUUGGAAAGCAAAGGCGAGGGAGCAAGCGCAGGAGGGCAGGUCUCUGUGCAAACCAAACCGCGGCCUGGCGGAAACCACUAGCUAGAUAGCAAUACAUCCAUCGGGGAAAAUUCCAGGCAAGAGUUCAGGUUUAGCUUUGCUCUCUCUCUCUCUCUCUCUAGUUUGUCCCGGCCAUAAAGAUCGGGGACUACUACUCCAGACGGGAGGGGGGACGAGACACAGACGGCACGGCAGGUGCGCGCGACGUGGACGGACGCGUGGUCGCGUGCAAGCUCGAGAUGGCGGCUUCGUCGUCGUCCUCCGCCGGUGGGUCCCCGGCCCACGCGCCGGCGGCCGGCGGCGGCGGGGCGUACCACCACCGGUCGCGGUUCGGCGACACGACGCUGACCAAGGUGUUCGUGGGCGGGCUGGCGUGGGAGACGCCAUCCGAGGGGCUGCGCGAACACUUCCAGGGCUACGGCGAGAUACUCGAGGCCGUCGUCAUCACCGAUCGCGAGACCGGCCGCUCCAAGGGCUACGGCUUCGUGAUUUUCCGGGAUCCGGAGUCGGCGCAGCAGGCGGUGCAGAACCCGAACCCGGUGAUCGCCGGCCGGCGCGCCAACUGCAACAUUGCGUCAAUGGGCCCGCCGCGGUCCGCUCAGCCGAGAGGGAGAGGAGGAGGAGCCGGCCGUGGGCCCCGCCUGCCAGAUCAGCCGCCGAUGGGCCCACCGUACAGGGUGCCGUCGCAGAUGACCCCGCCUCAUGCCGCCCCGGUGUUCUACCAUCCUCAGCACGGGUACUUGUACCCACAUGACUAUCCAUACCAACAGCAGGCAUUGUACAACUCUCAAGUGCUGCAGCAUUACUACCCUCAGCUGUACGGCCCAACCUCCCCUUUAGGACAACCCUACCAAUACAUGGGGUACAUGCCCGAUGGCCCGGGUCCGAGGACUGGCUUCUCGCCGAUGCAGCAACCUGCACGACCACCGUUCUUUCAGCAGCCAACGGCGCAGGCGCAGGUUGAGGGUUCUUUCCCGCCAGGGACCUCGCUUCCGCCUAAUUUCAGACUCCAGCUACCCCCUCAUGCAGUCUCAAUGCAACCUGAUGAUGCAUCAGGCUUUCAAUCAGCUGAGUCAACCUCUUCAACUGCAGCUACAAGCACAAACAACCAGGAAGCUUCAAGGCCUUUAAGGUCAAAUUCAGAUCCAAACACAUCAAACUGACUUGCUGAAAAUCCUGGAAAAAUGAUCUGAUGUCAAUCUGCUGCAGACUAUUUGUGGUCUGUAACAGAGUCCAUGAUACUCACUUGACUGAAAAAGCAUCCAAAGAUUUGUUCUUUCAUUA